CUGUUCAUCCAGGAACGAGUUCACUCCGGAGCAGGGCCAAGGCAAACACUCACAGCCAAUGAGGACAGAGGCUGUCAGCUCUGUAUCUGCCCAUCAGCUGCUGGGUGGGGAUAAAAUGCACAUUCCUGCCCCAGCCUGUCUCCAGUGCCAGCUCCCGGACGGGCACAGAGCUCUCAUGGUGCUCUGGGUGAUUCUGCUCUGUGCCUUGGUGUCAUCACUGCUCGCUGGGCUCUAUGUCCUGGGUGUGUUUCGGAGACGGAGACCCAAUGAGCCACCUUUGGACAAAGGUACCGUUCCCUGGCUGGGCUAUCUGCUGGAAUUCCAAAAGGACAGCUCAGAGUUUCUCAAAAGGAUGCAGAGGAAACACGGGGAUGUUUUCACGGUGCUGAUCGGUGGCUGUUACUUCACCUUUGUGAUGGAUCCCUUCUGCUUUGGCACCAUUGUGAAGGAGUCACGAUCUAAACUGGACUUUACGACUAAUGCAACUGAGCUGGUCCUGCGGGUUUUUGGCUACAAGCCCACCAAAGCCACUCACAACGUGGUUCAUUCAUCAAGCACAAAGCACCUGAUGGGAGAUGGCCUCACUGUCCUCACACAAGCCACCAUGGAGAGCUUUCGGAGGCUGCUGCUUUUCAACCUGAGCUCAGGAGAGAAGAGAGUGUGGCAGGAGGAAAACCUCUUCCACUACUGCUACAACAUUGUCUUCAGAGCUGGGUACCUGGCUCUGUAUGGCACCGAGCCACCCCGAGGGGCAGGGAACAAGGAGAAAGCUGAAGAGCAGGAUCGCCUCCACUCCAACCAGCUGUUCCGGGAGUUUCGGAAGUACGACCGCCUCUUCCCUCGCCUGGCCUUUGGCCUGCUGCCUCCCAAGGACAAAAGAGAGGCUGAGCGGCUGAAGAGACACUUCUGGAACAUGCUGUCUGUGAAGAAGGUCUGGCAGAAGGACAAUAUCAGUGGCUGGAUAAGUGAUCAAGACAAACUCCUGGCAGAAAACAGUGUCCCCGAGUACAUGCGGGAUCGCUUCAUGUUCAUGCUCCUCUGGGCAUCCCAAGGCAACACGGGCCCAACUGCCUUCUGGCUCCUCUUGUAUCUGCUGAAGCAUCCAGAGGCUCUGCAGGCUGUGAGAGAUGAGGUGGAUAAAGUCUGCAGGGAGAGUGGGCAGCAAGUCAAAGCAGGGAGCCCCGCAGUUACUGUCACUAGGGACAUGCUGAACCAGACUCCUCUGCUGGACAGUGCUCUGGAGGAGACCCUGAGGCUGGUGGCAGCCCCAAUGCUGGUCAGAGCUGUCCUUGAGGACACCUCCCUGAGGACAAGCAGUGGGACAGAGCUCACCCUCCGCAAGGGGGACAAGGUGGCUCUGUUCCCACACAUCUCCGUGCAGAUGAACCCAGAAAUCCACGAGGAGCCUCACAAAUUUAAGUACGACCGUUUUGUAAACCCAGACGGCACCAGGAAAGAUUUCUACAGAAACGGGAAGAAGCUGAAAUUUGUCAGCAUGCCUUGGGGGGCAGGAGUCUCCACCUGUCCCGGGCGGUUCUUUGCUACUGCUGAGAUGAAAUUGUUUGUGUUCUUGAUGCUGAGUCACUUUGACCUGGAGCUGGUCCAUGAGGAGGAGGAGAUCCCAGCCAUAGACAUCAGCCGCUGGGGAUUUGGGACGAUGCAGCCGGUCCGUGACGUUCGGUUCAGAUACCGGCCACGCUUUUAACCUGGGGACUCCUGGUGGUGCUGUUUGUUCUGGUGUCACAUAUGGGACAAAUUAUCUGAUCCUGUGGUUGUCUGAUCCAUGCCAACACUGAUAUGAUCUUGUUUGCUCAAUGUUUAUAGUGGCUUUUGUGUUUACAUCCUCCUCAUGUGCUGCUGCUGUGUUGUUGGGCUGGUUAUGGGAUUGAAAUCUGCACAGAGAGAAAAAAUGAGCCCUGUCAGGCUACUCCCAGCCCCAUCCCAGAGGCCAUCAGCCCAUUGAAAGCCAAUAAAGCACAGGGUCAGAUUGGAAGGGUGGAACACAAAUUCAGGGCUUCCAAGGAACAAGGGUUUUGUCCAGGUUCCUCCCAGGGCUGCCCCAGCAGAGCAUCAGCCCUACGGUGUCAUUGGAUUCUGCUGGGAACCAGGGAAAAGGCAGCCUUGAAGCCUUGGGUUUCUCAGCCUGCUCAAGGACAAGAAAUUAUAACAAUG